AUGGUUACCCCCGGACAGCGGGGGCUAUGGCCUCAUCUGAUUUAUGCAGUUGCUUUCUGCCUUAUCGCCACUACUGUUGUAGCUGAUUAUCCUCCAUAUGUCUAUAUGUCUCCACCACCUCCAUCUCCAUCACCUCCUCUUCCUUACAUUUACAAGUCUCCACCACCUCCAUCUCUAUCUCCACGACCUCCUUAUGUUUACAAAUCUCCACCACCACCACCACCUCCAUACGUCUACAAGUCUCCACCACCACCAUCACCCUAUCCACCUCCUCCAUAUGUCUAUAAGUCUCAACCACCUCCAUCUUCAUCACCUCCCCCAUUUUACAUUUACAAGUCUCCACCACCACCAUCACCUUCACCACCUCCUCCAUAUGUAUACAAGUCUCCACCACCACCACCACAUCCACCACCACCAUCACCCUCUCCACCUCCUCCAUAUGUCUAUAAGUCUCCACCACCACCAUCACCCUUACCACCUCCUCCAUAUGUGUACAAUUCACCACCACCUCUGUCUCCAUCUCCACCACCUCUUUAUAUUUAUAAGUCUCCACCACCACCAUCACCUUCACCACCACCUCCAUAUGUCUACAAGUCUCCACCACCACCAUCACCCUCUCCACCUCCUCCAUAUGUUUAUAAGUCUCCACCACCUUCAUCUCCAUCACCUCCUCCUCUUUACCUUUACAAGUCUCCACCAGCACCAUCACCCUCACCAUCUCCUCCAUAUGUGUACAAGUCUCCACCACCUCCAUCUCCAUCUCCACCACCUCCUUACAUUUACAAAUCUCCACCACCACCGUCACCUUCACCACCUCUUUCAUACAUGUACAAGUCCCCUUCACCUCACCAUUAUAAAUCACCUUCUCCACCAUCCAAGUCUCCUCCUCAUUAUUACAAGUCACUACCACCUCCUAAAGGCUACUAA